GCUGGACGGAUGGAUCCGUGUCGGUUUGUGGGCCUGGGUUUCCUCGCAGGUGUUUCCUGUCACAGCGGCAGAGAGGUUGGUGCAGGCAGGGAGCGGCCCUGGUCUCUCCAGCCCUGGGGGUCCCAGCCCCACCCCUCACCCCGCAGAGCUGCCAUCCUAUCCUCUGUUCCCUGAUGGCUCCUGGGGGGGGCCAUCCCGCUCUCCUCUCCGCCUGGCUCUUGUUUCUCUGCUCAGUUGUCUCAGCUGGGGUUCACCGUUUCACCCACUCCCAGAUCAUUUCACCGCGGGCGGCCCCCGGGCUGCCCAAGCGCCAGAGCCUGUUGCAGGUAAACGGCCUGGUGCUCUCGGCCUAUGACAGCAGCAGCCGGAGGAUGAUGCCACGCAACGGCUACAUGCAGGGCGACCGGGAGACCCACCAGUUCUGGAGCGUCAGCAGCGUCCGGUGCAUGUUCUGGGACCCCUGGGUGGAGACCGAGUAUCAGGCCCUGGUGCGGGUGGUGAACGACAGCUCCCCAAAGGCCGAGCCCUACUACAUGCAGGUGGUGCAGAGCUGUGAGCUGGACGAAGCCAGCGGCACCGUCCGAGCCGUUACCAGGUACACCCUGAACGGAGAGGACGUGCUGCAGUACCAUGGGGACCAGAACCGCUGGUUCUCAGUGCACCCGGCGGCCUGGCAUGUGGCCGAGCGCUGGAACCGCGAGAGGGAGACGCUGACCGGGAUCAACGCCCACACGCCGCAGCAGUGCGGGACCUUCAUCCGGAUCACGGCACCAUUCACCUUGCAGAUGACAGCCCAGCCCACGGUGCACAUGUCCCUCGUGCAAGGAACCCCAGACCGGCCUCGCCGCCUCAUGUGCCACGUGACAGGGUUCUACCCCCGUGACAUCGAGGUGACCUGGGAGCGGGGGGGCCGGACGGCCCUAGGGGAACAGAUGACCAGCAGGAUCUGGCCCAACGGAGACCCCACCUUCCAGAUCCGAGUGUCCAUCGAGCUGGGGCUAGGGGAGCACGUGUGCGUGGUGAGACAUGUCAGCCUGGGGGGCACCCCCCUGAGGAUCACCUGGGAUCCCCAGGCCACAGGCCAGGCCGGGACCCUGGGCGUCCUCGCUGGCUGCAUGCUGGCUGCUCUGGGAGCCACCGCCCUGAGCUGGUAUCUGAGGGGGAGGUCAGGCUGCUCGGAGGGGCCGUACCGCCCGGCGUGGGCACAGCCAAGAACCCUCGACUCCACCCUGGCUAAGCCAGGAGACACCUUGGCCACAUCUCUGUCCUACCCAGGUGUCACCACAUGACCGUCGCUGUCCUGGGCUAGCACCACAUGGGCCAGCCUGCCCUGGGGGCGUCGUGGAUUUGGCCAAAACUCCCUGAGGUUACGGGGAGUGGGGAGCGGGUGUACUCCUGCCGUGCCUCCGUCCUGUGCUCUCCCCACCACCUCCAGUCACCCCGUGCCCCAUAGUG